AAAACCAAAACCCACCCGAAAACCCUACCUCUCAACGUUAACCCCAGGCUUCGCCAUCCCACCCGGAAUCUUGGACGAGACAGGCUCGCUCUGGGAUAGUGGGCGUAGGAAAUCCCGUCGCUCUAUCGGCAUCCCCACCUCUGCCGCCACCACCACCACUACCCCCAUACCCAACACACGCAGGCGCACGACCAUCGCUGGUGGGAGCGUCUCGAGCACUAGCGCUAUGAAUAUGAAUAUCAACUGGAACGGAAAGCGCAAGGGUAUGAGCGAUGCAGAUGUUGUUGUGCCCGCUGGGAAGAGGGCUAGGGUUUCAGAUACAGCGGUACUGGAGAUGCCGAAUGAAGGUACAGAUAGGAGCGAGAACGAGAAUAAACCCGCGCCUGCAAAGGGAGGGAAAGGAGGAAAGGGGAAAGAGAAGGUUUAUGUCAAUACGGAUUUCGAGUUUUCUGAUAUCGAGGUGUGAGAUAGGCAUGGUAUUAAUAGGCAGUCUACGUUGAGUUUGUAGGUUAUGUUGUGGCGAGAAACAAGCAGUAGAUAGAAA